AUGCUUGGUCUACAACAUCCUUCAGUUAUCAGAGAGAACCGUUCAAACUCCUCGAAUAGAAGUCACAUAAUCAACUCUUUGAUUGAAGAAUCUUGUAGGGAUUCAAGGUACCCUCAGGAUGCUCUCAGAUGGAUACCAUUCGAAAGUUUUAAGAGUAUCCAGUAUUUUACCAAGGGUGAGUUUGCGGAGAUCGCUCUAGCAUUUCAUAGAAGGAACGAAUGUAAUCAAAUCCAUGAUUACGAGAAAAAAGAAAUUCCUGACGAUAUUGCACUAAGAUUUAUCAAGAAUUCCAGAAUGGUUGAUGAAAAGUUAGUUAAUGAGCUACGUUUACUUCACCAUAAACAGAUAAGAACUCAUCACAAAUGCAUGAUGCACUCGCAAAAUGUAAUUCCUUUAUACGGUCUAACUCAAGAUCCACGAACAUUGGAUUACGCAUUGGUGCUUAAACAUGCCAGACACGGUGAUCUGAGAAAUUUCCUUAGAAGAAGCCUGACUUGGUCAGAAAAAUUAAGCAUGUUAAUAAAAAUCGCGAAGACACUAAAAGAAAUUCACGAACUAAAUCUGGUACAUCGAGAUUUUCAUUGUAAAAAUAUUUUGGUGGAUGAUAACGAUUUUCCUAGCAACAGUUACGAACUGUUUGUGAGCGAUUUUGGAUUGUGUAUGGACGUUUCAAGUUCAAAAAUCGAUCUAAAUGUAAUCGAAGGAGUACUUCCAUACAUAGCCCCCGAAAUACUCGUUG